AUGGCGCCAUCAAUAACUCGCGGUGUAGCCACCGUCCCGCCUCAACCCUCGGCAGAACAACUUGACGCCGUCCGCGCCUCGAUCCGCGACCUCCUGCAUCAGCCCGACUACGACGAUGGCUCAGCCGGCCCGGUCCUCGUGCGCCUAGCGUGGCACAGCGCAGGCACAUACGACGCCGCGAGCGGAACGGGGGGUUCCAACGGCGCGGGAAUGCGGUACGAGGCCGAGGGCGGCGAUCCCGCGAACGCGGGGCUCCAGCACGCGCGGGCAUUCCUCGAGCCCAUCAAGAAGGCGCAUCCGUGGAUUACAUAUGCGGACUUAUGGACGCUCGCUGCGAUCGUCGCGAUCGAGGAGAUGGGUGGGCCGCGGAUCGCGUGGAAAGGCGGGCGUACGGACUUCGACGAGACGGAGGCGCAUCAGGCGAAGAUCCCGCCGCACGGGAGAUUGCCUGAUGGCGCGCAGGGCGCCGAUCACUUGCGCUUCAUCUUCAAUCGUAUGGGGUUCAACGACCAGGAGAUCGUGGCGCUCAGCGGGGCACACAAUUUAGGGAGAUGUCAUAUCGACCGUUCGGGUUUCGAGGGCAAGUGGGUGAACAACCCGACGCGCUUCUCGAACCAGUACUUCCGCGUCUUGCUUGCGAACGAGAAGGCGUGGAAGCCGAAGACGCUCGACAACGGAGUCGCCCAGUUCGUGUACGUGGAGGAGCCGGUCGAGGAAGAAGAGAGUGACGAAGAGGUGGUAGAAGGGCUUAUGAUGUUGCCCACGGACAUGAGUCUUUUAUCCGACCCGUCGUUCCGCAAAUGGGUCGAGACGUAUGCUACCGACAAGGAUCGCUUCUUCGCGGACUUCGCGGCCGUCUUCGCCAAGCUUAUGGAGCUGGGCAUUCGACGUGAUGUUCAUGGGAACGUCGUGAAUGACGCGAAUGUGGAGAGCGGGUAUCGUAGCGCACCCAAGAAAAGCGAUGAGCCUCGGGCGAAAUUGUAA